UUAUUGACUUUGAGCUCUUUGCUUGUCAUUUCCGAGACAAUUGCAAUAAAAAAAAGCUAUGACUUGACGAGUUUUGCAGCUAAUUUGAACCCUGUUUUAUUUCAUUCAAUUGGAUUGUUCAAAUGGAUCUUCAUGAUCAUCAAAAUGAACGACAUUGAGGACAUUCUUGUGAGAAUGAAGCGUUGCCACAGGAUUUGUCACACCUACAACGAAACGGAAGAAGACUUUUAUCAGUACACUACCAAACUGAUGAAUUAUAAGGACAAAAUGAUGAAAUUUACAAGAAUUUGGUUCUUUAUUUGUCUCUCUGGAGUCGCUCAGUGGUGCUUGAACCCCGUCGUUUAUGAUUAUUACAAUAUUCAUGUCGUAAAAGUCACUGAUGAAAAUUACACGAGAAACUUGCCCUAUCCGGGAACAUAUCCGUGGAUUAUUGACAGUAAUUCCAAAUACAUUUUGACUUUUGUUUUUCAGCUCACCAGCGCACUGACUACGUCUAUUGAAAUGGCGACUAGUGAUAUAUUAAAUGUCAUUUUUUUGGUUAAUAUAUCACUUAAUCUUCAACUUUUGAAUGAGAGUUUAGUUAAAGAGAAAGAUAAUUUAAUUAUUUUGAGAUCCGCUAAUCAUGAAUUAUCAGCUCAAAAAUUCAAAAAGAAAUUAAGAAACUGUUUGCUGCAUCACCGAGAAAUAUUAUUAUUGGUCAACAAAUUCAAAAUCGUAUCUAGUUACUCAGUUUUUUUACUGUGCUUCGACAGUACAGUGGCUCUUUGUUUGAUUUCUUUGGAAGUUUCGACUAUUGAGAUUAAUUCCAGCAUUGAAUGUAUAAUGAAAUUAAUGAGCAUGGCGGAAUACUGGUCAGGAGUCACUGUAGAAUUGUUCUUAUUUUCGUUCCUAGCGACAAGAAUCGAAGAAUUAGGAUUAAAAACUGCAGACGCGAUUUACGCUUGCAAUUGGGAACAACCGAUGGUUAACUACCAAGCCGAAUUCAGAGGCGAACAUCGACGAACAACAAUCCAAAUAAAUCAGAUGAUAAAAUUUGGCCUAAUGUGCGCUCAAAAGCCAAUUAUCUUCAAUGGAGGGUUGUUUUAUAUUUUGUCGGUUCAAACAUUUAAAGCUCUCAUGGGAUUUUCUAUGUCGAAUGCUGUGGUAUUACGACAACUCUCCGGUGAAACGUAGAAUUAUUUUUAAUUAAAUAAAUUAAUAAAAAAAAUUUAUGAUCU